CUUAGACGUGGGCUCCUCUUGGCCUUACAUUGUACCCUUGGGAAAGGCAGCAACACAGCCUACCCCUCUGCUCUGCCUGCAGCUGUUCUAGUUUUCCUAGUGGAAGCUCCAACCAGCUGGUGCUGGGAAUCAGGAGUAGAGCUGGAGAAUCUAAAUAUUUCUAAAAUAGGAACCAGUGAAGUGACUAACCAGGCCUUACACAGUUUGCAGUUUUUAUUUUGGCACCAAUCUGAAGUAUCAUUUUCCCAGGAAGAGUUCAGCAAGUCAUACGGCAUCAAAAGGAGAUGAAGUAAAUACUUUACCUUAAAGAAGCCAGAAGGGGGCUUUUUGUGGGCUCAAGUGUCCCUUAUAUGACAGUAGGCUGAGAGGAAGAGGGGAAGGAGAGGGGGUAAGACAUGCGGCAAAUAUCGCUGGGAGUCGAACCCGCAACGGCCGUGUCGAGGACUCAAGGCCUCCAAAUUUUUGGCCCUGCUGAGGGCGGGUUGAUUCUAGUGCUGUGUGGGCUCUGCCUUUUCUCCAGAAACCAUGUCGGGCUUCAAUCUUCUGCAUCUAAUAACCAAGAGUCAGCCUGUGUCUCUGAGGUCCUGCAGUCUCCCCUCAGGAGCCUGUAGGAGUAAGAAGACCUGGCCAGUGAGUUUCCCUCAGGAGGAACUGAGGAAACGCCUCACCCCAAAGCAGUUCCAUGUCACUCAGGAAAGAGGAACCGAGAGUGCCUUUACUGGGGAGUUCACAUACCAUAAAGAUGAGGGAACCUAUCACUGUGUUGUCUGUGGGGCUCCUCUCUUCAGCUCAAAUUCUAAAUUUGACUCAGGAUCAGGCUGGCCAUCCUUCUUCGACCUGCUGAAGCAGGAGUCCGUCUCUCUGGUUGAUGAUUUCUCCUACGGCUUACACAGAGUGGAGACUACCUGCAGCCAGUGUGGAGCUCAUCUUGGUCACCUGUUUGACGAUGGUCCAAAGCCCACUGGAAAGCGUUACUGCAUCAACUCUGCUUCCCUGGCAUUUCAGGCUGCAGGCCCGGCUGAGGACGGAGCCUCAGCCUCCAGCAGCGCUGCCACUGGUGGGAAGGUUGACCUAUAGGAGCGCUGCUGGCAGGCAAACGCUUAGGGAAAGUCAAACAGCUCAUUAAAAAGAUGUUGUUGUUUUUUUUAUUUGA